AUGGUUCACAAAGAUCCCGAGGGCUACACUUCGGCUUCGGACUCGGGCUCCGAGUUCGACGACCAGGACAACGACUUUGGCGACUGGAGGUCGGACGACAGCAAUCCGCCCGCCCCCACGCUAGCGCUGUUUGCGGAUGCGCAGGGCGAGCGCGCCUCGUUCAAGACGCCGCUCGAGGCGCUCGCCGACGCCAAGAAGCAGGGCUGCGACCUGGUGCAGCUCGUGGCGCGCCUGCAGCUCGACACGCUCCAGGUGAUUCGGCUCAUCAACCACAUCCGCCGCAACAAGCUUUCGGUGGAGCAGGUGAACGGCGUGCAGGCGGGCGAUGUACUGCUCUCGGACGAUGCCGAGCUCAAGCCCGUGCCCGGCUUCGAGGACGAUGGACUGCUCCAGCUCGACUUUGACCUGAUCGCUGCCGAUGCGACUGGAAGCGCAAGUGGAGUGUCCAAGGAGCAGGAGAGGAUUCGCGAGCUCGAGGAACAGCUGGCGACGGCACGUGCAGCGUUUGACGAGCUGCGCACCAUCCAUGCGUCGUCGAUGGGCAUCUCGGGAAGCGAUCUCGCCGAGUCGUCCGGGACGCGGCUGUCGGCCGACCAGCAGUCGCAGCUCGCCACGUCGGCGCUGAAGGGUGCGCGCACCAGGCGUGGCGCCAACGACGCCGAAGACGACGUGCUGUACUUUGACUCGUACUCGACCAACUCGAUCCACCAGACCAUGAUCACCGACACGGCGCGCACGCUCUCGUAUGCGCAGUUCCUGCUCAGCCCCGCCAACGCGCACCUGCUGCGCGGCAAGACGGUCAUGGACGUCGGAUGCGGUACGGGCAUCCUGUCGCUCUUUGCCGCGCGCGCGGGCGCCAAGCACGUGAUCGCCAUUGACGCCUCGGCGAUCGUCGAGCGCGCGCAGCAGAACGUCGAGGCCAACGGGUUCGGUCAUGUGGUCAAGGUGCACCGCGGCAAGCUGGAGGAUCUGGAGCAGGAGCUCAAGCCGUGGGAGGGCAAGGUGGAUGUGCUGGUGAGCGAGUGGAUGGGCUACUUUUUGCUGUACGAAAACAUGCUCCCCAGCGUGCUGGUUGCGCGCGACCGCUAUCUGAACGCGCAGACGGGCGUGCUGGCGCCCAACAGGAUGACGAUGCAUCUGGCAGCCUUCAGCAGCCCCGCGCUGCUGCAGACCAAGCUGCGAUUCUGGGACAGCGUACACGGCUUCGACAUGUCGGCCAUGACCACGGGUCUGCUCGACGAAGCGUUUGUGGACGUGCUCGAUGCCGAAGAGGUCGUCUCGGACUCGUGCAUCUUUGCAGACCUCGAUCUGCCCUCGCUGCCCGCCCGCCAGCCGGAGCCCGAAUCGGAAUUCCGCCUGACCGUGCGCAAGGACGCCGACGAAGUGCACGGCUUCAUCUCGUGGUUCGACACCUUCUUCUUCCCCACCGCCCGCGUGGCCGCGGGGGCCUCGACCGACUGCCCUGCCUUCACGCUCACCGAAAAGGAUGUGGCAGGUAUCGAGCUCAAGAAGAACGAAACCACCCCAGCCACCCAGGGCGACAGUGAGGGUCAGCUGGUCACCUUCUCCACAUCGCCCUACAGCAAGGAGACGCACUGGCAACAGACGCUGUUUGUGCUCAAGCAGCCCAUCACCAACGUGCGCGCGGGCGACACCAUCUCGGGCCGCAUCGUGGUGCGCCAGGACCAAAAGCACUCGCGCCAGCUCGAAGUAGACCUGCACUACCUCCACACCUCGCCCUCGUCAGCCGCCACGGACGGCAAGAAGAAGGUGCAACCCAUGCUGGUGCAGGCCUACAUGGUUCGCUGA